CUUUGCCCCGGGCUGCCCUGUCCGUCCCGCUUGGGCUUCGGCCAUGCGGUGCGACGGCGAUCGCCGCCGUUCUCCGAGGGCAGCUUGGAUCCGCCCACUGGGCACUGCUGCCUCUGCAACUGUGGGUGGGCUGCAGCGGGGCUGGCGGGCGGCGGAGGGAUGGUCCUGAGUCCUGCGACCGCCCUCCUCUCCUCCUCCUCCUCCCCGGCCCAGGACGGCGGGCCACCCUCCCGCCUCGCAGGGAGCCUGGGAAGGAACCGGGCGCCCCUCGGGACGCCAGCGGAAGUGGCUUCCCCUCGCCCGCUCCUCGGGGCGGCUAGAAGCCCGAAAAAGAGGCCUGGCCGACCCUGCAGGCUGGGCGGGCUCCGGGCUGAGUCCGACGGGGCGGGCGGGCGGGCGGCCCUCCUCUCUCCUCUCCGCCUCCCCCGAGUCGCGGCCGCCGGAGCAGCUCAGGGCUCGGCAGGCAUCCGAGGAAUUCGCUCCCGCCGAGCGCGGCGCGGGGUCCGGGCGAGGCGGGGCGACGGGGCCGGAGGAAGAAGGGGGAGGACGCCGCCGCCGCCGCCGCCGCCCCGUCGAGUGAUGGCCCAGCCUCUGCUGCGGAAAACUUUCUCCCGCCUGCGGGGCAAGGAGCGCCUGGGGCGCAAAAAGGCGGCGCAGCGCAAAGAGCCAGAUUCUCCUUCCGAGGCUCCAUCAGCUUUGGAGUCCCCCACGGAGUGUGGGCUUCUCCCGCCGGUUGAUGGACGUGCCAAAGGGGCCGCCGUCACCGUGUCGAGGAAGCAAACCUGGGCCAAGUUUGCUUGGAGCAGCCAGGAAGACCCUCGCAGCAGGAAGCUGAGCUCUCCAAAUGCUGCACAGACACCUGCUGACCUCGGCGAAACGCUGUCCCCAGAGAGCCAUCCCCGCAUUGGCUCAGCGGCAACUGGGCCCAAGGAAGCCGCUGAACCAUUGGUCAGCUCAGCAGAGACCCGCACCUCCAGCAUCGGCGCCAAGUGCAGCAGCCAGGGGGCCUACCUGCAGAGCCUUGAGAGAAGCAGCCGACACUGGGUGCUCUCCUCGGGGAAGACCCAGGGGGCAGAAGAGCCGGCGGCCGGGUCCAGUACAGAGCAGGAGCCCAGCACGCUCUGCAGCAGCGAAGGGGAUAUCUGGUACAAUCCCAUCCCGGAGGAGGAGGACCUGCAGCUCCCUGACCGCGACAAGAGGUGGGGCAAUGGCGCUGAGAACAGGAGCAGGAAGGGGAAGCCAAGGGAGGCCAAGGCUGCAGGCGAAGGUGACUUGCAGCAGGCAGGUGGCGAUGGUUUGCGGACUUCGCCGAGCCAUGCAAGGCCAGCAAAGCAAGCGGAGGAGCCGAGCAGCAGCCACCAGUCCCGGGCCUUUGGGAAAGUGGCAGUCGCUAGUGUGGAGCCUGAGGAGAGGGCUGCGGGCACCGUGUCAGCAGCCCAGAGCCCCAGUGCCCCCAAGAAGGGCCACUCUCUCUCCAAAGCCAAGUCCCCGGGCCCCGUGCGCAGCCUCUCUAUGAAGAUGAAGAAGCUUCCGGAAUUGAGGCGGAAGCUGAGCCUGCGCAGCUCCCGGUCCAGAGAGCCGGACGGAGGCCCCUCUCCCAAGGAGUCGGGCAACGUCAUCAGCCGCUACCACCUCGACAGCAGCGUGGCUUCCCUGCAGACCCUGGCGCGGGCCAAGGCCGCCAGCAGAGGGGGCUACCUGAGCGACGGCGACUCCCCAGACCUCCUGGCGAAGCCUGAGGCCUGCCUGGGUCUCGAAGGGGGGUCCUUCCGACCGUACAGCUUCGCCGAGCAGCCCGGCUGCCUACAGCACCUGUCCGGCCUGGUCAGCAUCCACCUUCUGGGGGUGCAGGACUUCAGGCCCCCCAAGGCUGAAGCGAAGGAGGUCUUCUGUGUCCUGCAGGUGGACUCGGUCAACAAGGCCCGCACGGCCCUGCUGCCUUGCCAAGCAGCCUUCCUCAGUCUCAACCAUUCCUUCCAGCUGGAGCUUGAGGGCGCCCAGCUCCUCAAAGUCGUGGUCUUCUCGUGCGACCCUGCGGCGGGCAAGAACCGAGUCUGCUGCCACGGCUCCCUCCUUCUGCCCCAUGUUUUCCAAGUUCACAUGGUUAAUUCAGCAAAUCCUUACGAAAAUCUAACGAUAACAUACUGGGAGGCAGUGACUGGUCCAGGUUCCCCCAGUUGCAGGAGCCAACAGCUUGCCAUGCAGCUGGAGCCACAGGGCCUCCUCUACAUCAAACUCACCUUGGUAGACCAGUGGGAUCCAGCCAGCAACCCACAGGAGCCCCAAGUCUUUGGAGUGAAGCUGAGCCAGCUGGUGGAGAGGGAAGGGGCUGCCAUCAAAGUGCCAUUGCUGAUCCAGAAGUGUGUUGCCCAGAUUGAGAAGCGGGGAUUAAAGGUUGUGGGCCUGUAUCGCUUGUGUGGCUCGGCGGCGGUGAAAAAGGAGUUGCGUGAUGCUUUUGAGCGGGACAGCACUGCCGUGGUUCUCUCAGAGGACCUCUAUCCAGACAUCAAUGUCGUUACAGGAAUCCUGAAAGAUUACUUGCGUGAGCUCCCCACACCUCUCAUCACUGACCCACUGUACCAAGUGGUCCUGGAAGCCAUGUCCAAUCGGGCGGCUGGGCAGGAGGCGAAAGAGGCGACAACGACAGCACUCCUGGAUUGCCUGCCAGAGGCCGAGAAGGCCACCCUGACAAUGCUGUUGGACCACCUCAGCCAGGUUGCUGCUUUCCAUGCCUUCAACCGCAUGAACGCCCAGAACCUGGCUGUGUGUUUUGGUCCUGUGUUGCUGAGCCAGGGAGCAGCGGGGCCGGGCCCCUGUGGCCCCAGCCACCACCACCGCACCAUUGCCAGCACCAUGGACUUCAAGCACCACAUCGAAGUGUUGCAUUACCUGCUGCAGUCCUGGCCAGCCCCACGCAGGGCAACCGAAGAGGAGGGCGAGUGCCCCCUGCCCAUCAAGCCACCCCAGCGCCACUGCCGCCCUCCCUUGGACCUGCCACUGCUGCAGACCACUGUCGUGGCUCGGAGCCGCCCUCGAGGCCUGGAAAGCCCUCCUAGCAACCGCUACGCUGGGGACUGGAGUGUGUGUGAGCAGCAGUUUUCGGUGGGGCCCAGGCCGGGCGGCGACACCGACUAUGACGAGGUGGCUGGCAGUGAGAGCGACAACGAAGAGGACAAUGAAGAGGUGACUCUGCCACACCACAACCGAGCCGUCUUUGUAGGGGACUUCGCCUUGGUGGAAGACCCUGAGGCUCCCUUCAGCGCGAGGCUCAACCUGAAGGACUUUGAUGCCCUCAUCUUGGACCUUGAGCGAGAGCUUUCCAAGCAAAUCAAUGUCUGCCUGUGAGCCGUUCUCUCGGGGCGGAACAUUGCGAGGCCUAAGGAAGGGCCGAGUGUGGCUCUGCCGGGCCCUUCGGACAGCCAGGCUAUGACCAAGUCAAGCUCAGGCGGUUGAUCCUGCCUCCAUAUCAGUAUUCUUUUGGAUCACGGUACUUCGAACCAAGUGGUCCGCCUUUCGUAUUGUUUUCGUAUGUCUUUUCCCAAAGGGAGGUGCUUUCGCUGUGACUCUGGCUGUUAACUGCUAACUGUUAACUGCUGUGACUCUGGUAGCCAGAGUGCAGUUUGUAGAGCGCUUUCAACCUCCUAAAUUUCCACCGUGAAAUUUAUUGUGCGGGGACAGGAAGGAAGCGUUCCUGCGUGUCGGCGGUUUCGAGGAAGAGAGGAGCUGACCAAGAUGUUGUUUUCUUUGCCUGAUAACGUUGAAUCGGUAGUAUUUAAGUAGCACAUUUCCCUCAUCAUCCAGAGCACUUCAAACAAACCCUCGAAGGUGGGUCAGUAUUAUUACCUCCCUUUAUUAUAGAUGGGAGCCGAGUUUGUGAAGCUGUUGCUUGCCAAAGGCAAACUCCUCUGCGAGUUUGUGCCUGAGCUCAGGUCUGAGGGAUGCCCUUGGCAAAGUGUCCUCCAGGCCCUCUUGUGGGUGGGCUUAUCUGUCAGAGGCAGUGGUCUGGGCAGCCAAGAACUUCCAUUUCAAUUUCCCACAAUGCCCCUGAAGGAGCAUCAAACUGGAGCUUUCUGGGAAAUUAAAACAAGAACUCCAAGCCACCUGGUGCUGAAAGGAGCACUGAAAAUAUGUUUGGGGUGGGGGGUGGGGGGCAAAGGCAGGCAUCAAUGCAGGGGAGAGCAGGGGCAUAGUAUGGAAGGGGAGGCUGCCAGGGCGAUGGCCCUGGGUGCAUUUUUUAAGAGGGGGCUGCACAUUUGGUGGCCAUAGCCCCUUGGCAGUCCCAAGAUGGCCCCAGGGCCGCGUUGGCUGGCCAGGCUCCCCACUAUGCAGGAGGGCAGGCAGUGCAGCCCUGCUUGGCUCCGAUGGGGUGGGGGGCACUCUGGCAGCAUUGGUGGCAAGGGCUAGGCUGGCGCAGCAGGCUCCAUUCACCCUCCAUGCCCCACCCCCCUGGUCACCCCAGCCUGCUCCAGGCACCAGCAAAUCACGCUAUGCUGCUGGGAGACGAGGCUGACCCGUGGGUUUAAGGGGUCUGCAUGCUGAGGCCAGGCCUAACUGUGUUCCCCUAGUUCUAAUUUACGGUUUUUAAAAUGGCGCAGCUUUUGUUUUGACUGUGGAACUGGGCGAGCAGUUCAUUUUCACUUUCUUCCUGCCUGAAAGUAGGGUUGCCAUAUUUCAAAAAGUGAAAAUCCAGGCAGAAAAGUUAUUGAGCUUUUUUUAUUUGCAAAAUUGGAUGCUUUUGAGCUAUUUCUGAGCAAAAACGACACUGCCGACAUCAGCUGCCAUACAUCCAGAUUUUCCAAGACAUUUAGCCGAUUUCCACCCGGACAUUGCUUUGCGGCUACAGUAUUCCGGGAAAUUCCAGAUGUAUGGCAACCCUACCUGAAAGUGAAA